AAUAAUUAAAUUAAUUGUUACCUCUCUGCUCUUUGACUGACAUGCCGUUUGUGGGAGUGUCGCACGCUGAUGACGUCAUCGCCCAUGUUUUGAGUCGGACUUGGUGUGCUACGUUAGACUUCACACACUUAAAGAUGUCAUCCUUGUGUGGUACCAGCAACAGUUUCCAGGAUGCAGGUCAAGAGUCCACAGAGAAACAGGACAAGGAGCACCCUCGUGUCCUGAUUCCUGAGCUGUGUCGACUCUUCUACCAGCUGGGAUGGGUAACCGGAACGGGUGGAGGCAUCAGUCUGAGGAAAGGAGACCAAAUCUACAUCGCACCAUCAGGUGUCCAGAAAGAACGAAUACAGCCAGAGGACAUGUUUGUAUGUGACAUAGAGGAGAAGGACAUCAGCUGUCCACCGGCCUGGAAGAAGUUAAAGAAAAGCCAGUGCACCCCGCUGUUUAUGAACGCAUACACAAUGAGAGGGGCACAAGCAGUCAUACACACCCACUCUAAGGCUGCUGUCAUGGCAACGCUGCUGUAUCCUGGCAAAGAGUUUAGGAUAACGCACCAGGAGAUGAUCAAGGGGAUUCGCAGAGGUUCCUCAGGCACCAACUAUCGAUAUGACGACACUCUGGUAGUGCCCAUCAUUGAGAAUACUCCAGAAGAGAAGGACUUGAAAGACCGGAUGGCUCGAGCCAUGGACGAAUACCCAGAGUCCUGUGCGGUCCUCGUCCGAAGACACGGAGUCUAUGUGUGGGGAGAGUCAUGGGAAAAAGCCAAGACCAUGUGCGAGUGCUACGAUUACCUGUUUGACAUGGCCGUCCAGAUGAAGCAGUGUGGACUGGACCCCUCGGCCCUUCCCAUGGAAGAGAAAGGAAUCGUUUGACUUUCUCAGCUGGCAGCUUUUUGUGAAAAAGAAAUUUGGUCCAGAGGUCAGUGCAGUUGAGUCAGGAGCACAGAUUGUAAUCAUUUGCCUUUCACUCUUGCCUACUUCAGCUUUGAUGAAAUUUGAUGGUGUUAAAGGAAAUUUGAUAGAGUUAAAGGAGAGCGACUGCUUGUGAUGCUGAAUCCCCCAGAGGAACGCUGCAAAACACUGUGGGACGACUCAGGAGUGAGCAGAUGUCAAAUCAGCGUCCUCAGGUUCAAAUGAUUUUGUAUUCAGGUUCGACUGCAGUGAAUCAAAGUCUGAAAUGUGUGACAGGCAUGGACACACCGCGAUUCUGAAAUAUGAGGAUGAUUAGAGGUCUGGGCCGCAAUCAGUAAAGGAGCAUGGAAUGUA